CUGGCGGCGGGGCGGAGAGCUUCGAGUCUGGUUUUGCGCGGGAAUUGGAACGGCCGCCGCCGCCGCUGCCGACAGGAGGCUGCGAGCUGCAGGUUUCCAGCCUUGGAGGGGACCAUGGUGCGGCCUGCGAGGCACAAGAAGCCAGUGAAUUACUCCCAGUUUGAGGACUCUGACAGUGAUGAUGAUUUUGUUCCUGCAACCGCACCGUUAAACAAAAAAUCCAGGACUACACAAAAGGAGUUAAAACUAGAAAAACCAGAACCUAAACUGAAGAAUCUCCAGGAAAAAGACAUCCCACUACAAGAGAAAACCCCUAAAAAAAGAAUGCCUUUAGAUGAUAAGCUCUACCAGAGAGACCUAGAAGUCGCACUGGCUUUAUCAGUGAAGGAACUUCCAGCCGCCACCAUUGAUGUGGAGGAGUCUCAAGAUAAAAACAUUGACAAACAUGGCAAUAGUGAAACAGAAGCAAUGAGUAAGUCUCCUCAUAUCUCCAAUUGCAGUGUAGCCAGUGAUUAUUUAGAUCUGGAUAAGAUCACUGAGGAGGAUGAUUCCCAGGGUUCUCAGCGGAGAAGAAAAGCGGCAUCCCAAGCCGUGGUCCAGCAGAGGAAGAUUCUUUUGGAAAACAGCGACGGCGACGGUGCCGAUGACUCCGAACCAGACUUUGCAACUGGCGACGGUUCUGAGGACGACUCCGAUUUUAGCGACAGUGAAGAUGAAAGUUUCCCUGUGAGAAAGAGUAAAAUUAAAGAAAUUAAAAAGAAAGAAGUGAAAGGGAAAUCUCCAGCUGAGAAGAAAGAGAAGAAAGCCAAAUCCAAACGGCAUGAUGCGGUGACUUCAGUAGAUUCUGCUCCUGCUGCUGUCAAGUCAGAAUCUUGGCCCUCACCGAAAAAGGUUUCUCCUUCUUCAGAGGCUACUAGGAAGCUGUUACAAAUACGAAGUCCUCCAGCUGAAAGCAAGAGACCUAAGUGGGUCCCACCAGCGGUGUCUGGAAGCAGCAGCCGUAGCCCACUGGCAAGAGUGUCUGUGAAGUCUCCAACUCAGAGUCUCCGCCUUGGCUUGUCCCGAUUAGCACGAGUUAAACCUUUGCAUCCAAAUGCUGCUAGUAGCUGAGUGUAGUGGCAAGAAAACGUUUGAUCAAGAAGAUCUCACUUUUAUAAGCAUGUUUAUAUUUGUGUUUAUAUUUGAGGAGGGUAUUGUAACAUAAAUGAAUCCUUUAAAGUUGUAUAAAUGAUCUCUACCUGUUUUGUGAUUGUUCUCUGGAAAGCUAUCUGAGACUUCAGUAAGAGGUUUGUUUAUAAGAAUUACCUUGGAAUGUCAUCCCCUUCUGAAGAGCAUAUUCUCUUUCCCUUAUAUGUAUAUAAUAAGUCACUGUCAUUACGUGGCUGUCAGUUUGACAUGGAGGAUGUCCCCGUUACAUGUUGUUCUUUCCUAGUAACAUGCCCGAUGCUUCUUUCUGGCUUUGUCUAGUUUAUGGCACCUGAAAUUUAACUGUGCAGAGUUUAUCUGGCAAAAGGAAAAUUCCCAUUUCUCCCAGGAGACAUUUCUGAAAUCUUAUAACUUAACCUGCAUUGUCAGUUUUGUUGCAAUGAUGUUUCAUAUUUUAGCCAAAUGUUUUUAUAUUGAGAAUUCAGAAUAAUUUUCCAUAUUAAAACAGUUGCUGGGCUUCCCUGGUGGCGCAGUGGUUGAGAGUCCGCCUGCCGAUGCAGGGGACACAGG